AUGGCCCGUACCAAGCAAACCGCCCGCAAAUCGACUGGAGGAAAGGCUCCAAGAAAGCAAUUGGCCACCAAGGCUGCCCGUAAAUCGGCCCCAGCCACCGGUGGAGUCAAGAAGCCACAUCGCUACCGUCCAGGAACCGUCGCUCUUCGUGAAAUCCGUCGUUACCAGAAAUCGACUGAGCUCCUCAUCCGCAAGUUGCCGUUCCAGCGACUUGUUCGUGAGAUCGCUCAAGAUUUCAAGACUGAUCUUCGCUUCCAAUCGUCGGCUGUUAUGGCUCUUCAGGAGGCCGCCGAGGCCUACUUGGUCGGUCUUUUCGAAGACACCAACUUGUGCGCCAUUCACGCCAAGCGUUUCAACCAAUUCGCCAUGGCACCACCAAAACCGUCUGCUAAAGGAGCAAAGAAAGCCGCCAAGUCCCAGAAGCCCCGUGAUGGAGCCAAGAAGAGACACAACAAGAGAAAGGAGUCGUACUCGACCUACAUCUACCGUGUUCUCAAGCAAGUCCAUCCAGACACCGGAGUCUCGUCGAAGGCUAUGUCGAUCAUGAAUUCGUUCGUGAACGACGUUUUCGAGAGAAUCGCCGCUGAAGCUUCCCGAUUGGCCCACUACAACAAGAGAUCGACCAUCUCGUCUCGCGAAAUCCAAACCGCGGUCAGAUUGAUCUUGCCGGGAGAAUUGGCGAAACACGCCGUUUCGGAAGGAACCAAGGCUGUCACCAAGUACACCUCCAGCAAGUAA